UUAUUCCCAACUACCUUGCUUGCAACUCCUGCUUGAGUUCGCAGAUGCCCGGUUGCGUUGGAAAAAAACAACUGUAAGAUUUCAUCUUUUUGAGAAAAAAAUCUGGGAUCUUGAACUUCAAGUGUUUUUCAUUUCGAUUGCAUGGUUUAUAUACUGAUGCUGCUAAUUUGGGUUACUUAGCUUUACUUUGUCGUUCAUUUCUGAAAUCUGAUUAGAAGUUGGCUAGUUCUUUAUGGUAAUCAGUGCACAUUUCGGAAAAGAUAGCUGAGAUGUUGGGUAAUUUUGAGGUUGAACAGUGUUCAUUUAGCAAGUUGAGACAAUUUCAUGAAAGGGUUUUGAGUUUUAGUGACAGAUUUGUAAAGAUUCACUGUAAGCAUUGUGUUUCUGAAUCAAUCAGUGCACUUAUUGUUAUUGGUUUAUUUUUAUCGUUCCUUUUAGCAAUGGUAUGCACAUAUUUUCAUGUCUUUCCAAUAUAUCAGCCAGCGGUUCGUACUUAUACAGUUCAUGAGUCUGAUGAUUUAGUUGCCAAAUGCAAUGUUUUUUAUGGCAAAUGGAUCCCUGAUGAAAGUUACCCUUUAUAUAAUGCUUCACAAUGUCCUUUUGCUGAGCGUGGGUUUGAUUGUGUGGUUAAUGGAAGAAGAGAUAGGGGUUAUCAAAAAUGGAGAUGGCAGCCUAAAAACUGUGAAAUUCCAAGGUUUAAUGUGCAAGAGAUUCUUGGAAAGCUUCAUGGGAAACGGAUUGUUUUUGUUGGCGAUUCAUUGAGCAGAACACAAUGGGAGUCUAUGAUAUGUUUGCUUAUGCAAGGUGUGCAGGAUAAGAGGAAUGUCUAUGAAAUUAAUGGAAAUAAGAUCACUAAACGAAUUAGGUUUUUAGGAGUGUAUUUCAGUUCAUAUAAUUUACGUGUUGACUUUUAUCGGUCAGUUUUCCUAGUGCAGCCUGGUUCAGCACCAAGGCAUGCACCUAAGAGGGUUAAAUCAACAGUCAAACUUGACAAGCUGGAUGAUAUGAGCAAGGAGUGGAUUGACUCUGAUUUCUUGAUAUUUAAUUCAGGUCAUUGGUGGACGCCAACUAAGCUUUUUGAUAUGGGUUGCUAUUUUCAGGCAGGUAGAUCACUAAAGCUUGGAAUGGGGAUCGCAUCUGCCUUUAGAACUGCAUUGGAGACAUGGGUAUCUUGGGUUGAGUCUUCAGUCAACAGAAACAGAACUAGGGUGUUCUUCCGGACUUUUGAAUCUUCGCAUUGGAUAGGUCGAAACCGUAAUUCAUGCAAAGUGACUCGACGCCCUUGGCUGAAAACUAAAGGGAGAGACCAUAGCCGAAUUUCUGACAUUAUAAUUGAUGUUGUAAAGAAAAUGACAACUCCUGUGACAGUGUUACAUGUAACCCCCAUGGGAGCUUUCCGUAGUGAUGCUCAUGUUGGCACUUGGAGCGAUAAGCAGUCGGUAGCUGAUUGCAGCCACUGGUGUCUUCCUGGAGUGCCUGAUACAUGGAAUGAAAUUCUCCUAUCAAUGAUGCUCUCCAAGGAUGGAGUAACCGUUUAGUGAACAAGAACUUGCAAUCCUUUUACUUCUCCUUCCCACCCCCCUCCUCCGUCUCUGCAUAAGAACAUGUGCUGUGAAGUCCCCUCUUGAGACGAAAGAUGAAUUAUGGUUGUCGUAGCAUGAUGUAAUGCACGUUUAUUAAUAUUACUAACUGAUGAAAGUCAGGCAAAAAUAAAAAAAUGGACAAGUUUCAGGA